AUGAGCAACGACAUUUUUGAUGGACAGAUAUUAGCCGAGAAGUUGUCGAAACUCAACAAUUCACAACAAAGCAUUGAAUCACUGUCCCGUUGGUGCAUUCCUCACCAAAAGAGAGCAAAAGAUAUAGUUGAAAUAUGGGAUAAAUUGUUCAAUGCUUCCCAGAAAGAGCAGCGUGUCUCUUUUUUGAACUUGGCUAAUGACAUCCUGCAAAAUAGUAGGCGGAAAGGUAGUGAGUUUGUCAAUGAGUUUUGGAAAGUUCUUCCAGCAGCUCUCAGGUGUGUAUAUGAAAGUGGUGAUGUACAUGGAAGGAAAGCAGUGAACAGACUUAUUGACGUAUGGGAGGAGAGAAAGGUUUUUGGGUCGCGAAGUCAGGGUCUUAAGGAUGAACUGAUGAGUAGUAAUCCCCUUCCAUGCCCUGUAAGCAAUGGAAAAGGUUCAGAUUCUAUCAAGAUAAUGAAGAGGGAUGCCCACUCAGUGAGAAUAAAAUUGGCUGUUGGGUGUUUGCCAGAAAAAAUACUAACCGCAUUUCACUCUGUUCUUGAUGAACAUCUUAAUGAGGAAGCUGCCUUGAAUAAGUGUAAUGCUGGUGUACAUGACAUGGUUAAACUCUUGGAAGAUGUUGAAAAUACAUUGGCUCAAGGGAGCCAGCCAGGAUCCACUUUGGCGAAUGAAUUACAAGAGCGGGAAAAGGAGCUUAAGCAAUAUAUGGAGCAACUCGAAAAUGCAGAGGCUGCUAGGGAUUCUUUGCUUUCUCAGCUUAAAGAUGCACUGCAUGAACAAGAAUUGAAGCAAGAGCUUGUUCGUUCUCAGUUGCUAAUUGUACGAGGCCAGAUCGAGAAAACAACUGGGAUCAAAAAGUGGCUUAACCAAACAACAGAGGCUGCACAUCCAUCAGCUCAACUAAACAGCACCGCUUCUGAGCCUACUUUUGCACAACCUUCCAUGUCAUUUUCGCCUUUCCAAACUCCUGAAGAAGAUAACAAGAAGGCGGCAGCAGCUGUUGCCGCUAAGCUUGCUGCCUCUUCAUCAUCUGCUCAGAUGCUUGCAUCUGUUCUUUCUUCUCUAGUGGCUGAAGAAGCGGCCUGCGUUAAUGGUAGUUUCAAUUCCAAAGGAUUUACAUCAGGAUUACCUAUGUUCAACCCAGAGAAAAGACCCAAAAUUGAAAAACUAUCGCCGGUUCCUGAUGUUAAUAUUUCUGAUAUGGGGAGCUCGUCCUUUUUCACCAAUUUGCAACAGCCAUUGUCAACAAAUCCGCAGCAUCCACCGUCAGCCAACAUGCAAACAAUGUCUCAAGCCAAUCAACUACAAGCUGCAUUUGUUUCAGCACCGCUUCCGCCUCAGUAUGGCCAACCAACUAGUUUCAUGGAUGGAGGAAUUCCUUACGGAUACAUGUCAAAUACUCUACCACCUCCACCUCCUUUUCCUCCACAUGCUGCAUCAGGGUUAUCAAUGCCCAGCACUCAACCAGUACAGCAGUCAUCGCCAGGAGGAUUUUACAGGCCACACAGCAUUGGAUUCUAUGGGCAAACCCACCCUUCAACCCCACCCCCAGUUCAUAGGCAUUAA